CAGCGUGUACCUUCUAAUCAUAGAGGGAGAAAAGGACUCCACCGGAACAACUCUUCCGAUCCAAAAAUCAAAAUCCCUAGAAAUCCCAAUCCAACACCAUCACGAUGCCCCACCCAACCCUACAUUUACCCCUCUCCUCCCAAUCGCAAUCCCUAGGGUUCCAUCUCCAAUCGCUCUCGCUCUCUCCGCAGCUCCAUUUCUGCACUCUUUAGGGUUCUGAGAGUCCCCAAUUUCGCCUCUCCAGCUGGAAAAAUGCAGAUAGCACCAUGGCUGAGUCUCGGAUAGCUUUGACAAUGUGGAGCUCCGUCGCGAACCGGAAUUCAGGGACGGAAUUCGGGAACAUGUGGUUUAUCGGCUGCCGCUUUCGUCUUCGUUUGGCGUUCGACUCGUACUCCGUCGCUUGCGAGGCGUUUUCUGAACACUAUUGUAAUCUGAUUCCGGUUGGGGUUGUUGAGCGCAAGAAGCUUUUGAAAGGUUUGUGAAGAAUCGUUUCCGUCUUAAAAAAAAAGUUUGCUUCUUUCGGGAGAUUUUUUUGUGUUUUUAGGGUUAUGGAUUCCUGUAGUGGUUUUGUUGGUGGGAAUUCUGGUUGCGACGAUGGUGGCGUUGUAGAGAAAGAUCCGACUGGGCAAUACUUGCGGUAUGACGAAUUACUGGGGAGGGGAGCAUUCAAGAUUGCAUACAAGGCAUUCGAUAAGGAAGAAGGAAUAGAAGUAGCCUGGUGCCAAGUGAAUAUCAAGGAGGUGUUGCAGUCUCCGGAACAACUGGAGAGAUUGUAUUCCGAGGUUCAUCUGCUGAAGUCGUUAAAACAUCAAAACAUUGUGAAGUUCCAUAACUCCUGGGUGGAUGAUAAGAACAGGACCAUCAACAUAAUAACAGAGCUGUUCACUUCUGGGACUUUGAGGCAGUUAGUUUUGCUGACUUUUUUUCAUGUUUCAUGUUUUUACUUGGCGUACCUUCUUCAAAUGCUAACUGUUUUUGUUCUGGGAUUAAGGUAUCGACAGAAGCAUAAAAAUGUCGAUAUGAAGGCCAUUAAGAACUGGGCAAGGCAGAUUCUUCGAGGAUUGCACUAUCUGCAUUCUCACAAUCCUCCAAUUAUUCAUAGAGAUUUGAAAUGUGACAACAUUUUUGUCAAUGGAAAUACUGGAGAAAUUAAAAUCGGAGAUCUUGGAUUGGCGAUAGUCAUGCAGCAGCCUACUGCUCAUAGUGUUAUUGGCACCCCUGAAUUCAUGGCUCCAGAGCUUUAUGACGAGGAAUACAAUGAAUUAGUCGACAUCUAUUCUUUUGGCAUGUGCAUGUUAGAAAUGGUUACUUGUGAAUACCCUUAUAGUGAAUGUAAAAAUCCGGCACAAAUUUAUAAGAAGGUUACCUCUGGUGUAAAGCCCGCUUCACUCAAUAAAGUGGACAAUCCUCAAGUCAAGGAGUUCAUAGAGAAGUGUCUAGUUCCAGCAUCUAUGAGAUUGAGUGCGGUGGAACUCUUGAAAGAUCCAUUCCUUGCACCUGACGAUUUGAAGGAGCCGAAUUGUGUUAUUUUACAGUCAGAAAAGAUGGUGAACUUGCCACACCCUGAAGCUCGUCCUAUGGACAUAGAUACUAACUACCAGAAGUGCCCUGUUGGAUCUUGUGGAAGAAGUCCCAAUGAAAAUUCUAACCCUUCAGUUCUGGAGUUACAGAGUUUAACUGAGAAUAAUGAGUUCAGGUUAAGAGCAACCAAAAAUGCUGAUAACACCGUCUCAUUAACUUUGCGCAUUGCUGAUACAUGUGGUCGUGUGAGGAAUAUCCAUUUUGAGUUCUAUCUGGAGUCUGAUACCUCAAUUUCAAUUGCUGGGGAGAUGGUUGAGCAACUUGAUCUUUCGCAUGAAGAUGUCUCUGUCAUAGCGGAGUUAAUUGAUAACUUGAUCAUGAAGCUAGUACCUGGCUGGAAACCUUCAUCAGAAGGUUCAUCAUGUGGAACAAAUAGUUCGUGUGGGGAUCAGCCUGCACGGCAAAAUGUUGUCUCACAUUUUGCACAUGCGGAGGACAGAGAUAACCAAGCAUCAAUGAUUUUAGAUACUUCGGCUACCUCAGCUGAGUAUGGUGUCCCUACUGCCUCAGGUGCCAGUAAUGUCAAAGUUAUGGAGUCGGCUAAAUACAGUUCUGAUGAAUGCUGUAAAGCUUCGGAUGGUUACGGUUCCGGUCCUGAUUGUAUGGUUCAGGGUGCGGUCAGGGAGAAGAGUUACGAAGCUGAUUCUGGUGAUUCAGUUGUGAUGAAUGAGGUACGCCCCGACAUGUCAAGCAUUUGUUCCUUAUCUGAGCUGUCUCUAGCAAAUAAAGAUCGAUACAAUGAGCAAAAGGGGGAGCUUGUUGCUAUUGAUAGGCAGUACCAUCGAUGCCUUCUCGAGCUCUUGAGGUUGAGGGAGGAAGAAAUUCAGAGUGCAAAGAAGAGGUGGAUAGCGAAAAAGAAAAUAGCUGUUAAUUGAUGUACUGUUUAGUGUUCUCUUUCGUCUUUUUAAUUCGUUUUGUACUUGUAAUUGUUUUUUCGUCAAGAAAUGUGGCGAAGCGAAUCAUGCCCGUGUUUUUAUGUGUCGAUUUGGUUCAUACAUUUGGUUUUACGGUUCCUAAUAAUGUAUUUCUUUGUUCCA